GUUGAACGCAAAGCAGUGCAUUUCUAUUUGCGCAUCAGCAGAACAAACCAGAGCUGUUGCCGGCGCGAUUUCGCUCUUGUUAUCGUUUAGUAAUCCGAAAUACGCUAUUGAGAUCAAGCCAUGCCCUCCUGUUUCUCUCCCUCGACGCGAAACAAAGGGAAACCGAACUGCGACACCAUGGCCGCCGGGCUCGACUCCAGCAAGUACAAAAUGACCGUUCCUUCUUUCCUCUCCGACAACGUUCCGCCCAUGGGGAUUUACGAAACCCUCUACGCCUUCAAGGAUUCGUUCGGCGCGUUCAUGGGCACGUAUGACAGUGCGCACGUCCCCCUCGUUCUCAUUUCUCAUGCAAAAUACUAAAUCCACGCUUUGCUUCUUGGCACAGGUUUGCAUGACAAGUUCUGGUAGUCCAAAAAGCACUACAGUCCAGUGCAAGUUUGUCAUGCAAAACCGGCAUUCUUGCUGAAGCUGAUGCUUGUACUAUUGCCUUUCAUGCUAUACAAAUGAGCGGAAGCAGGGGGAGCUGUGCACUGUUAUAGCACGGAGGGAACCCACCCCUGGUCCCAGGGCUUUCCGCUGACGACCAAACUGACGGUAUCCUGAGUAAAAACGAUCCCACACGACCAGAGUCAAGUUGGGAAACCUGCAAGAAAAAUACACAAGCUUUGGCUGUUUCGCAUGACAAGUUUGGGCUCGCAAUGUAAGAAUCGCGCUCAGCUAGUGCAGAAGCGUCACAAAUCCAGCGCAUUAUGCUGAUUCGAGCAUCACAAAUUCCAGAACACGACUAGAGAGUGCUUCUCGUCGGGCUCCGCAUGAUAAACAGUUGGAGCAUGCCGACUUGCAUGACAGCUAGGGGGUGGUGACGUUUUUACACAGGAUGCAUGGGCGACCCGGCUGACCCGGCGGACGGCCCGGAGUUGCCGUCCUCGGUGGAAUAUCCAUUGCAAAUGUAUCGAUUCUACUCGUAGUUACCUUGCAGAGUUUUACUUAUGCCGAAAAUGAUAAAACUGCUUUAGCAUCUGAAAAGUCUGCAUAACAAACUCCACUAUCCUUUUUGAGGAUGAACAAAGAAGUUGUAAAAUGCAACUUCUACCACCUGUAUCUCUCUCGAACGAGUGUAGAAGUUGUGGUUGUGCGAAGACACGACUUGUUUUGCAAUGCAUAUGAAAGUGACUUUCGAAGACCGGUUUUACCCGAAGGCCUGGGGCCACCCAGCGCUGCGGAAAACGAUUGCGGACUACUACAACAAGUAUUACGUGAACGACCCAAAGUGCAACGAGGGGUUGUCGGAUGAGGAGAGGAAAUUGAAGGAAACGUACUUGAUAUGGAACGAAGAAACUGUGUAGUAUCGGGUGUCUUCGGGUGACAGCAUGACAAAUUUGUUCUGCAUGACAAAGAAAUGCUGUCAUGCACAGAUAGUACGUGAAAACAAAACACCUUAUAAAAUAGGACGUCAUGGCUGGCUAGCAUGACAACUGUAACACUGUUGCAUGUUUUGCAUGACAGACUUACACUUACCCAGUUUUUUUCUUCCAUACCUGAACAAGACGCCGAUUGAUGAGGAGAACAUCAUGAUUUUCGCCGGCGGCAGAUAUCGAAAGGAAAAAUCCCCCCUCCCCAUAUCAAAACGGAAUUUCUGAUGCUGGAUUUGUGUACACAAAUCAGGUUUGUAUUGCAGAGAGGCACUCCGGCCAAAUCCCCAGGCUAGGUAGGGCCGUAUGGGUCUAGUUGUUCAGCAUGGCAAGUGGGUCACUUUUAGGGCCAACAGCAUGGCAAAUCGCUUCCCUAGUGGGGCGGAAGCUUCUGCCCUUGUCUUCUUGCAAUACAAAUGCGAUUUGCGACCUCAAAGCAGCAACGCAAAUUUUCAGAAACAUACCUUUUCGAUAUGGGGAGGGGGGAUUUUUGCUUUUGAUAGCAGACCGGGCAUCUACACAGUGCUGGCUUUUUUGAAGAAGGAUGUGGAAGUCAGGAUCAGCAACAUGGAGUGGCCCGCGUAUCUGGAUAUUAUGGAGGUAUUUAUAAGUAGCUUUGAUGAUGACUUUGUUUGCUUUGCUUGAUUAGAUGCGUUGUUGACGCAUGUUUUUUAUGAUUUGCAAAACAGACACAGAGCAUGAGAAACUGCACCACAAUUGAAAUCUCACAUGCCACACACCGGUGAUCUACUACAUCGAAACAUCAGGCCACGAACACUUCCUGGACCGUCGUCCCGUGCAACCUGGAAAACGAAUUCCGCCCGACAAACGACCAGUACUACGAAAUUAGGAAGACUUUGAACUACAAGAAAAAAAUCUUCCCCAUCAUCUCCAACCCCGGAAACCCCACCGGGCACGUCCGCUGCGGUGAUGAGUUGAUAUGCACUACAAUUUUUUUUUUUUCCUCGCACGUACAAAAUGCAUUGCUAUACAACUUGUCAUGCUGAUAACGAUUGAAGGGGAGUUUUGUCAUGCAGAAAAAGCAUUUGCUUUUGGUACUUUGGUCGUGCACGGGAAAUUGAAACUUUCUGUGGAUAGUUGAAGCAUUUGGUCCACACGUUGGCAGAGAAGAACGGCGAGGGUCUUUUGCUAGUAUGCAUGGCAAAUAUCAUUUCUGCGUCUGGGAGCUCUAGAAACUUGCGUUGCUGAUAUUCGCAUCGCAGAGCGUCUUAACAAAUUUCAUGGCAUCACAAAAAAAAAUCGCCAGUCGUGUUUUACGCAUCACAUAUCCUUCCUGUGCUUCAGGUCUCGCAACACAAAUCCAGAGGAAAUACCAGAGAUACAACAUAUUUGCCCUGCAUAACUGGACGAAGCGUACGAAAUGUACCACAACCCCGCGUAUCAAAUGCAACUAUGCCUGGGUCUGGAAAUUUGUGAUGCAAAAAUGUGCAUGAUGAAAACACUUCCUUAUGCAGAACAGCAUGACAAGUUUGCAGAGCACUUACUCAUACGAACUCCGCAUGAGAAACUGCGUUUUUGUAUGACAUGAGAGGCUGCCACUUUUGUUGGUCGUGCAAUACAGAACUCACAGGAAUGCAGCACCAGCAUUACAAGUUCCAUCUUUCCAGAUCCAGACAUAUUUGCAAUGCAUACCGCGGUCUCCGGCUUGGCCUACGCCGAGGAUUUGGAAAACAGCAACCUGUUCUUCACCGGAGCUUGCACCAAGGGGUUGCAGUGUCCCGGGAUUCGAAUCGGGUGGAUGAUCGCGUCGAAGAAAAAUAUAUGCAUUGCAAAAGUGUCGCACAUUGACAUUUGUCGUGCAGAAUUAGGUAGAGGAAAAAGAUGUGUCAUGCAACAAUGCAAUUUGAUACUAGGACGAGUGCGUGUUCGAUCAACGUCUUUUGCAAAGGAUAGAACAUCGAAACUCUGUCCAACUUCUCCUCCUUCGGCAUGGGCGGCGUCUCCCAUCCAAGCCAGCACUACGCGGUGAAACUGUUCGAACCCGUCCGGGUGGCGCAAGCCAGGAAGGCCGUGCAGAAGCACUACGACUGGCAAAGGAAGCGGUACGGGGAGGCGUUCAAGGAACUGGGGCUGAAAAUCCACACUGGUACUUACUGGACUCAAUACAGAGUACAACUUAUUUUUUGUGUCUAGUACUUGGUUUGCAUGACAGAGGUCGUUUCGUUAUUAAUGCGUAGCUCGUUAUUUCGUUUGCUUAGUGAAAAUGCGUUGUGAAUUACUAGAACGAAAAAAAAAAAGGUAACGGCGGUUUCUACCACUGGCUGGAGCUUCCGGAGGGCAUGUAUCAACAGGAAAAAUCCCCCCUCCCCAUAUCAAAACGAAACUUCUGAUGCUGGCUUUUCUCGUACACAAAUCCGAUUUGUGUUGCAGUAAGGCAGCACAGCCAGAUUUUCGGCCUAGGUGGGGGCGUUUGGGUCUAGUUGCUUAGCAUUACAAACGGCUGUCCCCUAGGCGCAACAGCAUACCAAACCGCUUCCAUAAUGGCGCGGCAGCCUCUGCGCUUGUCUUCUUGCAAGACAGACGCGACGCAUGGUCUCAAAUCAGCAACGCAAAUCUUCGGAAACAUACCUUUUCGAUAUGGAGGGGAGGGGGGAUUUUUCCUUACAAUAGCAUGGACUGCCGAGAACUGAACAAACGGCUAUUCAAGAAGGGCGCCGCGAUUCUCGAGGGGCCGAUAUCAAGAUGAAAAAUCCCCUCUCUCUGUAUCGAAAUAUGAAGUUUCUGUUGCUGGAUUUGCGUACACAAAUAAGUUCUGUCUAGCAGCAGAGGACUGCAGUGAACUACUCCUCAGCCCGUUUAGGACAGUGAGGGUCUACUUCUAGCUGUCUAGCAUGCCAAACGCCUGCCCUGUAGGCCCAACCGCAUGAGAGCAAGUCCCUCGUCCCAUAAGAAAGCGGCGCACCCCUCUGCGCUUGUCUCCUUGCAAGACAAAGCUGACUUGUGCUCACAAAUCAGCAUCACAGGUUUGGAGGGGGGAUUUUUCCUCAUGAUAGCCGAACUGUGACAUGGCCCGGCCGCAUUCGAAGGACGAGAGUUACCAGAGCCCGUACCUGCGGUUCUUCCGGUUCUCUAUCCAAGAAAAAAACGUUGUUAGUGUAAAUUUGUGAUGCGCAACAUGCAAGUUGAUUGCGUCUGUCAUGCUUGGCAUGCCUCUGAGAGUCCAUUAAAGGGCGUUUUCCCGUACUAUCUGCGCGUGACAGGUUUUUGCUGCCAUGCCAGGCAAAUUUGUAAUGCUGUUCCUCCAAAAAAGUUGCACCUACAAUGUUUUUUUCUUGGAUAUUCUCCUUCGGGCCGCUGUUGCCGGAAACUUUUGAAGAGGAUGUGAAGAUCUUUUCGGAAGUCUACAAGCAAUACAAGAAAGACAUCGGGAUUGCGUAGAAACAGUUUUUUUUUGUACAACCGAAGUAGACGCCGGAGUUUUUGUUUUGCGGAGACUAGUUGGAAAACCAGAUAAGCGCAGCAUUCCUCACUUGUAGUAAAGAUGAGAACAAAACCAAAUAUAAGAUGAUAAAGUCCUCUGGGAUUGAAUUUGAAAUUUUUGAACGAACAAUUUUUGUCGAGAAAAAAAGAGGUCAGUCAGAAUAUUUGUAAGGACACGCUAUCUGAGAUAACUGAAUCGCAAUCAACGACGAGGAAAGAGCAACAUACUUCUCAAAAGUAGUUGUUUAUUCAAGAAAGGCAAGCAAAGUCGUCUACUUUAGUGUGAUGAAAAUACGCAGACGACAAGAAAAUCGCACGAGAUUUGGAUUCCUGUGAUCGUACUUGAACGGAAAACAUG